AUGAGCGACGAAAAGCGACCUAGUAAGAUGGAGCGAAAGAACUCAAUCGUCGGGGAGAGUCUUUACCGGAUUCUUGAUAUUGACAAGAAGUCGGAUCAGGAUCAGAUAAAGAAGGCCUACAGGAAGAAAGCGUUGAGGCUUCAUCCAGACAAGAACCCAGGAAAUCCAGAAGCAGCUGAGCAGUUUAAAGAAGUCAACAGAGCGCAUAAAAUUUUAUCAGAUGUUCAACUCCGGGAUAUUUACGACAAGUACGGGUCAAUGGGACUCGAACUUGCGGAACAAAUUGGCGCAGAGAAUGUUGCGAUGGUCAUGAGAUUCCAAACUCCAGCUGCGAAAAUUGGAAUGUUGCUUACUUUUGUCCUCACUGGCUGCUGUUGUGGUUGCUGCUUCUGUUGUUUCUUCUGCUGCGGUUGUUGCUUCGGUCGGUGCAAGCCAAAAGACGUAGAUGACGAAGAAUUCGGCGACCUGAUCCCCGAGGACGACGAAGAAGCCGGUGCAGGCUACACAAGCUAUCAGCAGAGCUCUGACACGCCAAUUACAACGCAACCACCCGCGCCCGAGGCGGAAACUAACAAGCCCGCGGAGCCUAUUGCCCUCGGCCCUUCGUGA